CUUCUAGUUGGAAAGUGAUACCACUAGUCCUUAGUAAGGGAUAGUCUUGGGAACCUUGACCUUGUUUUAUGUUUAUCUAUUUGGGAAGUAUUUCAUGCUCAAUUUAGCAGUUCAUCUGAAGUGUCAAACUUCAGAUUGGAAAACUCUUUCCAAUACAAAAUUGGCAGUCUGACAGGUGGAUUUUUUUUCUCUUUUGCUUUCUCUUACUCAUUACACCCAAGUCACUUUUUUCUUUGUAACCUGUCUGCCACAAUCUUGGUGUGGAAACUAAAUUAAAUAUCAUUAAAUCAGUCAAUUUUAAUUUGUUGGCAAUUCUGGUGAAAAAGUUAGAGGGAGGACAAGGGAAGGGAUGUAGAGUAAAUGGUUAAUGUAAGGGUUUGGGGUGAUUUGUAGGUCUAGGGUUGAUGUAGACUCUGUCCUUCAGCUCCUUUACAGAAUUGUGCUGCAAUGCUGGGGCCCAGCCUUUCUGAAUGGAAUAGCCUUUAAAACAAAAGGAAAUAAAUAUUAUUCUUAAGCUAUAGAAGGCAGCCUUGAGGCAGCUGGUUCCCAACCAUGCCUGUUAAUUUAUUCAUUCAUUCAACAGAUAUUUCCUGAACACUUACUCUUUUGCUUGAUAUUUGCUCUCUGAAGGCAUAGCAAUGAACAAUUCCUGUAAACUACUCUGGAGCUUAAAUUUUAGUAGAGAAAGAAAGAUAAUAUAAACAAACAAGAAAAUGAAUAUAUUUAAGUGCUUUGACAAAAAUGAAGGUGCUAUCCAGUGAUUUAUUUUAGAUUGGCUGUCAGAGACGGUCUCAUAAAGGAGCUAAUAUUUAGGCUGAGACUGAUUAACAGGAAGGACUCACCUGUGAGAAGUUCUGAAGAAGAGAUUUCUAGCAGGAAGAAUACCUAGUGCAAAGUCCCGAGGGGAAGUAAGAAGGCCAGUUAGCAGGUAUGCAGUGAGUAAACAGGAGCGUGACUAGAAGAACGAGGAGGGCAGUGUUUUUCAACAUAGCCAUCACUUACAUGGUUUUAAAUUUUAGAUGGACAUCUCAUCUUGAGAUUCUGACUUAAUAGGUCCAGGAUGGGGCCUAAGCAUGAAUAAUUCUUAGAGCUCCAUCAUGAUUCUAAUAUGUACUAGGUUUGUGAACCACGGGUGUAGGGCAUUGGAGACCAAGGUGAGGAAUGUGGAUUUUACCUUAAUACUCUAGGGAAUAAAUUGGAGGGUUUUAAGCAGAGGAGAUACAUCUGGUAUCUAUUUUGAAAGUAUCACUUUGGCUGCUAUGUGGCGAGUGGAUCAUGAAGAUUGCAGUAUAAAUCAUUAGCCUGGAGUGGUUACCGCAGGAGAGAAAGUGGAGAAGCAAGAGAAAGAGUCCAAGGACAAAACUCCAGGAGUGGGAGGAGUGGCCAUGAGGUGCCUGUGACGUUUGAUGAUAUCUCCAUCUACUUUUCCACUCCAGAGUGGGAAAAGUUAGAAGAAUGGCAAAAGGAACUUUACAAGAAUAUCAUGAAGGGCAACUACGAGUCUCUCAUCUCUAUGGGUGAGGCUGAGUUGGCACCUUAUUAUGCCAUGAAUCAACCUGAUGUCUUAUCUCAGAUUCAGCCAGAAGGAGAACAUAAUACGGAGGAUCAUGCGGGGCCAGAGGAAAGUGAGAUUCCCACCGACCCCAGUGAAGAGCCUGUCAUUUCAACAUCAGAUAUUCUGUCUUGGAUUAAACAAGAGGAAGAGCCCCAGGUUGGGCCCCCACAGGAGUCCAAGCAGAGUGACAUAUACAAGGGUACCUAUGCUGAUGAACAGCUUGUCAUCAAAGCCGAAGGCCUUUCCAGAGCCUCCUUGUGCCCCGAGGUUCCAGUCACCUUCUCUUCUCCACCACCAGCAGCAGCAAAGGAUACUUUUUCAGAUGUGGCUUUCAAAGGCCAGCAACCUGCAUCCAUGACACCUUUUGUACAUCCAGCCACUGACCUGGCAGAAGCCUCUGAGGGACAAGUGACGUUCACUCAGUUGGGUAGCUAUCCCCUGCCGCCCCCUGCUGGAGAGCAGAUGUUCUCAUGCCACCACUGUGGCAAGAGCCUCAGCCAAGACAUGUUGCUGACCCACCAGUGUAGCCACACGGGUGAGCACCCCUUAUCCUGUGCCCAGUGCCCCAAGCACUUUUCUCAGCAAGCCGAGCUUGGCAGCAACCCCCAGGCCCAUGCCAAUGAGACGCCCCCCACCUGCCCGCACUGUGCCAGGACUUUCACUCACCCGUCAAGACUCACCUAUCACCUCCGGGUCCAUAGCAGCACUGAGCGCCCAUUCCCCUGUCCUGAUUGCCCCAAGCGCUUUGCAGACCAGGCCCGCCUCACCAACCACCGGCGAGCUCACGCCAGCGAGAGGCCCUUCCGCUGCACGCAGUGUGGCCGGAGCUUCAGCCUGAAAAUCAGCCUCCUGCUCCACCAGCGCGGGCAUGCGCAGGAGCGGCCUUUCUCCUGCCCCCAGUGUGGCAUUGACUUCAAUGGCCACUCGGCCCUGAUCCGCCACCAGAUGAUCCACACAGGCGAGCGUCCUUACCCGUGCACUGACUGCAGUAAGAGCUUUAUGCGCAAGGAGCACCUGCUGAACCACCGGCGGCUGCACACGGGCGAGCGGCCCUUCAGCUGCACGCAAUGUGGCAAGAGCUUCAUCCGCAAGCACCACCUCAUGAAGCACCAGCGCAUCCACACGGGCGAGCGGCCCUACCCCUGUGCCUACUGCGGCAGGAGCUUCCGCUACAAACAGACGCUUAAGGACCACUUACGUUCAGGCCACAACGGAGGCUGUGGGGGUGAGAGUGACCCAUCUGGACAGCCGCCUGACCCCCCAGGUCCUCUCUUAACGGGGCUCGAAACCUCUGGCCUAGGCGUUAACACUGAAGGUCUAGAGGCCAAUCAGUGGUAUGGGGAGGGUAGUGGAGGGGGAGUUUUGUGAACCUCCCUCCCGGUUAUCCAUGCUCACCCAGGACAAGAGAAAGGGGCAUGAGCCCCUCCACUCCUGAAGUAAUCACUAUUGAUUGGUAUGUUGAUGCAUUUGGGGUCCUGUACACUUGACUAGAGACAUGCUUGAGUUUGGGAACUUCACAGCAUUACAAGUAUACCAUGUUUUUUUAACAUAUUUUUUUAUUUCAGAGAGGAAGGGAGAGAGAUAGAAACUUCAGUGAUGCCAGA